UAGUUGUUCGUCAUUUGUUGGACGAGCUGGCGGCAGACAGAAUGUAUGGUUAGCUAAUAAAUGUUAUACAAAGGGAAUCAUUGCACAUGAGUUGAUGCAUGCAAUUGGAUUCCUUCACGAGCAUUCACGUACCGACCGCGAUGAAUAUUUAGAUAUUAUCAAGGAAAACAUUUUACCCGGGAAGCUAUCGAAUUUUGAGAAAUAUCCAGGAGUAAUGAUUAAUUCGUUGGGAAUGCCCUACGAUUAUGAUUCGGUCACGCACUAUCACAGAUACACAUUUUCCCGUAAUGGCGAACCAACUAUUUUACCUAAAGAUCAAAAUGCGAAAAUUGGACAGCGAUACAGGCUGAGCGAUAUCGAUGUCAAGAAGAUAAACAAGCUUUAUAAAUGCAAUAAUCAGCUAUCUGCAGCACCAGUGCAACCAAAAACACCAACUCCUGCUGAUACAGUAACCGAUGAAAGAACCCCUCCAACCACAAUGUUCUUCUUCACCCCUAGCACAAGUGAUGAAGAAGGAUGUAAUAACUGUGGCAGUAAAAUGGAAAAUGCUGUCUACGAAUAAAUGAUGUCUAACAAUCUCAAUUAGAUUGUGCAGUAUUUCCAUUUGUACUUCCUAUCGAAUGGACCUAUAAAGCUUACAAUGAUAUAAACACAUUCCUAUCAAUAACUUAUUAAUGUAUAAUAUGAAAAAUAAACCGUUCCUUUGCUAUACGAUGCACAAAUAAAAGAAGAGUCGUUUUUAUGAUCUUCCGGAUCAUCUUUCUUCAUUU